UGGACGUUGCGGAAGGUAAGGGGCUUUGACGUCUUAUUGGUCGACCUAGAUGUCGCUUUCUCCACUUAAGUCAUUUUAUUGGAUAUGCGACGGUGGCCCACGGAGACGGCCUUUAGGAGAAUCUCUGCAAGUUAGAUAGCACUUCCGGAACGUUCUCAUAAAGCGACGGAAGUAGCUGCCAGAAAACGGUAGGCGGGGCACCCAAUGAAAAGCGGCUCCUAGAGGAAGGGGGCGGGACAUCGUGAGAGGAUUGUCCAAUGAAAACGACCGACGCCAGACACAGGGACCGCGCCAGGGCGGAGGAGACGAUGGAGAAUUUCUCGGCGCUGUUCGGAGCUCAGGCUGACCCACCACCACCACCAAGCGCGCUCGGCUUCGGACCAGGAAAGCCUCCACCUCCUCCUCCCCCUCCUCCGGGCGGGGGUCCCGGCACGGCCCCGCCGUCCACCGCGGCCACGGCUCCUCCCGGCGCCGACAAGUCCGCGGCUGGCUGCGGUCCCUUCUACCUUAUGCGGGAACUGCCAGGUAGCACCGAGCUGACAGGCAGCACCAAUCUGAUCACACACUACAACCUGGAACAUUCCUAUAAUAAAUUUUGUGGGAAGAAGGUGAAGGAGAAACUCAGUAACUUCCUGCCGGACCUGCCAGGAAUGAUUGAUUUGCCUGGUUCCCACGAUAACAGCAGCCUCCGCUCUCUCAUCGAGAAACCCCCUAUUCUUGGUGGCUCUUUUAAUCCCAUCACAGGGACCAUGCUGGCUGGUUUCCGCCUCCACACUGGCCCGUUACCAGAGCAGUGUCGCCUGAUGCAUAUUCAGCCUCCCAAGAAGAAGAAUAAGCACAAGCACAAACAGAGCCGUACCCAGGAUCCUGUCCCCCCAGAAACACCAUCUGAUUCUGAUCACAAGAAGAAGAAAAAGAAAAAAGAGGAGGAUCCUGAACGGAAAAGGAAGAAGAAAGAGAAGAAGAAAAAGAAGAACCGACACAGUCCAGACCACCCAGGCGUGGGCGGCUCUCAGGCCAGCAGCAGCAGCAGCCUCCGCUAACAGGACUCUACUGGAAGGGCUUUUCCUGCUGUCCCGAACCUGCUGACAAAAGCUGCCUUCCAGGCCCAGACUCUGCCGUGGGAGCGUCCCCUGCAAACGGGAUAGAAGCCAGCUCCAACUGUGCUGGGCUAAGAUUAACACAUUAUUUGAGAAGGGCCAUGCUUUUGUAAAGCUCGGCCCAGUUGGCUUUCUCACGGACAUCUCUUCCUCUCCGGGGAAGCUUUCUUUUCAUCUCUUCUGUGCAAUUGGUCUGAUUUAGGACAUUGUCUGAUCUGUUAGGGUUUUUCUUAAAAAAAAAAAAAAAAAAAUUGCAUUUAUCAAACUG